AACUGAGGCACACCGAUGUGCACCACCAGAAUAUGACACGCGUCUCUGAAACUUAAAUGCAUAGGUCCUCUCUAGUCUAAGUGUGCUCCCUUGAAGACUCUGUAGGGAUUCCCAUCUGCUGCCUUUUACGCACGAGUAUCCGUGAGCAAUGAAGCUCUGGGCAGCGCGCACCUCUCCACAUACCUGAGAGAGCGCACGCGAUUUUAUGCAUGAAAAUCAUAGUUCGUUUCCAAACCCAACCAUGGGCAACGCGUCGAACCAAACCACGGCGAACAACGACACCGACCCGUUCGGCAGGAACGAAGACGUGGCCAAAAUGGAGAUCACGGUUUUAAGCGUCACCUUCCUCGUGGCGGUGAUCGGAAAUCUGUGCGUGCUGCUGGCCAUGCACAACACCAAGAAGAAAAGCUCACGCAUGCACCUGUUCAUCAAGCACCUGAGCCUCGCGGACCUGGUGGUGGCUUUCUUCCAGGUUCUUCCACAGCUCUGCUGGGAGAUCACCUUCAGGUUUUACGGACCUGACUUCCUUUGCCGGAUUGUCAAGCAUCUCCAGGUCCUAGGGAUGUUCGCGUCCACCUAUAUGAUGGUGAUGAUGACACUGGACCGCUACAUCGCCAUAUGCCACCCUCUGAAGACCCUCCAGCAGCCCACGAAGCGCGCCUACAUCAUGAUCGGGUCCACUUGGCUCUGCAGCCUGUUGCUCAGCACCCCUCAAUACUUCAUCUUCUCUCUGAGCGAGAUCCAGAACGGCUCGGAUGUGUAUGACUGCUGGGGACACUUCAUCGAGCCGUGGGGCAACCGCGCCUACGUCACCUGGAUCACCGUGGGUAUCUUCCUCAUCCCUGUCAUCAUCCUCAUGAUCUGCUACGGGUUCAUAUGCCACAGUAUCUGGAAGAACUUCAAGUGCAAGACCAAGAGAGGCUCCCCGCACAGCUCUAAGAACGGGAUGAUUGGAAAGGCGUCUGUCAGUAGUGUCACCAUCAUCUCAAGAGCCAAACUAAGAACUGUAAAGAUGACAUUCGUGAUUGUUUUGGCGUACAUUGUGUGCUGGGCUCCGUUCUUCAUCGUGCAAAUGUGGUCAGUCUGGGAUGAAAACUUCUCCUGGGAUGGUCCAGAACACACUCCUAUUCCAGACUAA